AUGAACCAUAGUGAAUCGCUAACGUUCAAUCAACUCACGCAAGACUACAUAAAUAAACUCAAGGAUGCAUUUCAAAUGCUAGAUGAAGAUGAAGAUGGGAUUAUUAGUCGGAAGGAUCUUGCCAAAAUGUAUGCUACCUUGGGAAAGACAUUGACAGACGAAGAAUGGUCCAAAAUGGUACCCAGUAAUGAAAAUACCACAAAGGAGGUUGGUGUAGAGGGUGUGAGCUUCCCCAUUUUUUUAUCUAUUAUGGGAAAAAACCUGUCACAAUUUCCCGAACGUGAAGAAUUAGAGAAAAGCUUCAAGUCACUUAGUGGGAAAGAUGAUUUAAACAUUCCUCUCAAUGAGGUGAUUGAAUCGUUAAAGGAGGCGGGCUUUGAAAAUCCUGAAGAAGAAUUUGCUAAACUUCUGAAAUUGUUUACUACAAAUCAGCAAAGCACUGAUGAGAAAACCUUUCGAGGUAAGCUUUUCUUGGAUUCAAUCACCGAUUAA